UGCCCGGGCUGGAUCCGCGCCGCCAAUGUGCCGCGGGAGGCGGGCGCUCACCCCGGCCCUAGAGAAACUCCGGGUCGGUACUCGCCCGUCCCACCCGACGCGGGGUCUCUGGCGCGUCGGAGCUUUGCGCGACCCUCUCGAGCCUGCGGAGACCUCUCCCCGCCGCGUCCUGCCCCUGCCCCGAGCCUGUCACUCGGCCCCCGGCAGCGACAGCCAGCACAUGGCUGUGUGCGGGGAGCUCGCAGGGCCAUUGCAUUGCGCUGCCUCUGGCUUCGUUCGCAGUUCGCUGAGCUCUGCCUGGAGAGCCAGAGCCGCUUCUUGAUCGCUUUUAAAAAGAAAAUAAAAAAUCAAAACGAAAAAGAAAAUACACAGCCAAAUCUUUCGCACCCGAGGUUGUGGUUGCACUUUGCCAGACGGGACUUGCGGCAAGGACCAUGCGGUGAAGCCGAGCGCCAGAGCGGGACCGCAGCCCCGCACUCUGCGAUCGCAAAGGGAAAUAAACAGCCGGAGCAGGAGCCGCGCACCCGCCGCCUCUUCCCAGAGACCUGCAUCGCAACAGCCCCGCUGCUUGCCGCAGCCUGCAGCCGCCUGAGGCUCGAUCCAGAUACUCCGCUUUGCAGGAAGGGCUGGAUUUUUGCUCCCCGUCGCCUCCGGACCGAGAGUACUGCGGCCGAAGGAGAGCGCCGCUUCCACGGGCGAUUGGGGCUGCUGCAUGCUGAUCCCCAGGAGAGGGGAGCUGCGGUGGGCAGGAGAGCGGGGCUUUUCUCCACUGGCCCAAGUAGGACGUGGAGAUCGGCGAGCGAGGGCUGCGCAGGGACGAGGAGCGCAGCCCGCUGGCCUUCCCCGUCCCGGGGGCUGGGAGAGCGAGUAGCCGAGGCCCCGCCGCCCCCCGCCCGCUGGAUUUGCCGUUCCCGGUGGCUCCCUGCACAUCCGAUUUCAGAUGCAUGCCAGGUUCCCGCUGAAUGCCAGCAGCAGAGAUCACUACAGAUGGAGCCCCAAAGUCAGCAUGGCAGCGGUGGCUCACUGGUGGUGAUUCAGCAGCCCUCCCUGGACAGCCGGCAGCGCUUGGACUAUGACAGGGACAGCCAGCCCACGACCAUCUUGUCACUGGACCAGAUCAAGGCCAUCAGGGGCAGCAACGAAUACACUGAGGGGCCGUCAGUGGUGAAAAAGUCAGGUCCACGGACGGCGCCGAGGCAGGAGAAGCAUGAGAGAACUCACGAGAUUAUACCGAUUAAUGUGAAUAAUAACUACGAGCACAGGCCCAGCCACGCAGGGCACGUGGCACAUCAACAUAACACCAGGGCUCCCAUCCUGAGCCGAUCGACCAGCACGGGCAGCGCGGCCAGCUCCGGCAGCAACAGCAGCGCCUCCUCGGAGCAAGGGCUGCUGGGGCGCUCGCCGCCCUCCCGGCUGGGCUCUGGCCACAGAUCCGACCGGACAAUCCGGGCGCAGCCCAAGCAGUCGGCGCUGAUUGUGGACGAUCUGAAGGGGCCUUUGAAAGAGGACUUGACGCAGCACAAGUUCAUCUGCGAACAGUGUGGGAAGUGCAAGUGCGGGGAGUGCACGGCGCCGCGGGCCCUGCCCUCCUGCCUGGCCUGCAACCGGCAGUGCCUGUGCUCGGCCGAGAGCAUGGUGGAGUACGGCACCUGCAUGUGCCUGGUCAAAGGGAUCUUCUACCACUGUUCCAACGACGAUGAAGGGGACUCGUACGCGGAUAAUCCCUGCUCCUGCUCCCAGUCACACUGCUGUUCUAGGUACCUGUGCAUGGGAGCCAUGUCCUUGUUCCUGCCUUGCUUGCUCUGCUACCCUCCGGCCAAAGGAUGCCUAAAACUCUGCCGGGGGUGCUACGACCGCGUCAAUCGUCCGGGGUGCCGGUGCAAGAACUCCAACACGGUCUAUUGUAAACUGGACAGCUGCCCCUCCCGGGGUCAGGGCAAACCCUCAUGAUUUUGGGAGGGAGUUUUACUUCCUCCAACUUCAGUUUUUCAGGUUGUAGCUGAUUUUUUUUUUCCCCCUCCCCCCAUCUUUUCUUCUUCCUCCCCUCCUCUCCCAUUUUGGGAGGACUAUUGCUUUCCUUUCCUUUCUGUCUGCCCAACUUCAGACACAUGAGUUCUUCCCCUUGCAUCUUUGCUCUCCUCCUCCCACUGACUUGGCUGAGUGUGGAGCGUUUCACACAGUCGCUGCUGCUCUUUGGUAAGUGUGGACCUGGGAUCUGCACCUGCCACUCGUUUGGGCAGGGUCUUUGAGUUUGUAACUGAACCACUCCUGAAAGAGACAGUGAAGGCUCACUGGGCUCUUGAAGCUUCUUGCUCUGUGAAUAUCUUCCCAAAGAUAGUGUUGGGUUUUUUGUUUGGUUUUGUUUUUGUUUUUUUUUUUUUUUUUUUUUUUUUUUUUUUUUUGUUUUUUUUUUUGUUUUUUUGUUUUUUUUUUUUCUCAGCAAGUUAUGGUUUUUUCUCCUUAACCUCCUGAGUGCCAAGGGAGAAUAACUUUCCUGAGUGAGCUGGAUUGUGAAAUAACUUUUUGUGUGUGUUCUUUCUGGAGAGGGAUGUAAAAUAAAGGCUUCACCAAAUGAAAGGCCUGACUCUUCUAUAAGCAGCCUGCUUCUUUUUGCAUCUUUUUUUUUUCCCCCCUUUCUUUUUCUCUUAACUUUUGGAACAUUCUCAGACCUGAGAAUUGCCCUGCCUCUUUUUUCUCAUUUUAUUUUAUUUUAUUUUAUUUUAUUUUAUUUUAUUUUAUUUUAUUUUAUUUUAUUUUAUUUUAUUUUAUUUUAUUUUAUUUUCAGUGUAACUUCAGUUUUUGCUACACUAUGUAGAUCUUCACAUUGGAGACAUUGUGGCUGCAACAUACUAAUUUGUUUCUUUUUGCUGUCUUUGAAGGAUAUUGCUUACUGCACCCUCCUAAUCCAGUUUUUAUAGUCUGUCAGUAUCAGUUGAUAUUAAAGUUGGUGGUGUUCAUAUAUCCAAACAGCCUUCAGGUGUCAUUGAGUCACCUAAAUGUUCUUGAAUCCUUCAAGUCUCUUGUGAUCCUUUGGCUUAGUGAGUUUAGCUCUGCUCUGUACUUUAUAAUUUUAUUCUGUCCCUGUUUUAUUGCCUUAGCCACAGAUUGUGGUCCUUUUUUGUAUAUUUUAUGUAUAAAACACAAAGUUGAAUCCCAACUAUUUUUAAGACAAAAGUCUGUUAAAACUUUUUUUAUUGUAAAGAAUAUUUAUUAUGUGAAUCUCUAUUAUUUUAUGAUAUUUAUUGCAAAAGACUUUGAAAAUGUACUCAUGUCUGAAUAUAACAAAAUAUCAAUACUUAACGAAAUAAGGAUGACACGAAGAAAGUACAUAUGUUAACUAUAAUGCAGAAAAUAUAUUAAUUAAUGAAAACGC